AUGGAAACCACUGCUAGUAAGAAGAGAAAGAAGAACACCACUCAAACUCAGCAACCUGAUGUCUCUGCCGUAAUACCUCUUGGAGUAAUCACCCCUCAAUUCUUAUCUGAUGAGUAUGCUGCAAGAUGGGACUCAACAAACAAAAGGAAAAUCCUGAGCGAAAGGUAUCCUGAUGUUGAAAAGUUCAAGUCUCAGUGCCAACUCAUGCCAAUGUUUGAGAAGUUAAACCUUGUCAAGUCUGUAACAACUCAGACGAGCUAUCCACCUAUUGCCAUCAAGGAAUUUUAUGCAAACCUUCUAAAGACUAUCAAGGAGGCUGGCUCACAUGUUUAUGGACGUGUUUGGCUGAGAGGAAACAAAUACAAUUUUGACACACGUACCAUCAAUCUGUAUCUGGGCAUAGAUGCAAGUGACAUUGAGGAUCCUAUUAUUGGUGCAAAUACAAUCACAAAGGUUAUUACAGGAAGAACAUACAGCUAUUGGCCUGCUGAAACCAACAUGUUGCCAGCCAAAUCUCUCACAACAAAGUAUGUUAUUCUGCACAAACUAGCAAUGACAAAUUGGAUGCCAAAUGAACACCGAGGAGGAUUAAACUUUCUUAUGGCCACCCUGAUCUACAAGAUAGGCAAAGGUAUUCCUAUCGACAUAGGUGACAUUAUCUUCAAACAUGUGGCAUCUUUCAGAAAACCAGAGUCUAAGGAGAGCAAGGUAAAGCUGCCUUUUCCCUGCACAAUUUAUGGAGUUCUGCGCUCACAAGGGUUCAAACUAGAACCAAAUGAGCCUAUGGAUGCACCACAAGUCAGAAAAAUUGAUGCCAAACUCAAACAAGGAAGUCAUGUGUUUGACAUCUUUCCAGAACAUGCAAGUAGCUCAGCCCCAGCUCUGAACCUUGAUGCACCAUUUACCAGCAAACUCACAGCCCAGCACCUUGACAAAAGCAUCAGAGAUCUUAACACGAUCAUACAGAUACUUGUUGAAAAGAGAACAAUUGAGAUGCAGUUACGUGAACAACUGAGAUUGAGAGACCAAGAGAUGACUGCUGCUGCCACUGAAACACCCACUGAUCCAUCUACUGCACAUGAAGCUGAUUCCACUGUACCUGAAGCUGAUUCCACCGCACCUGAAGCUGAAUCCACUGCAAACAACCAGGAGGAUGAGUCCUCAGAAUCUGAUUGA